AUGGCCGGGCUUAUGGUCAAUGGAACUCAAGUGUCCUACAUAGGCCAGGACUGCAGAGAGAUUCCAGAGCACCUCGGCAGGGACUGUGGACAUUUUGCAAAGAGGCUGGAUCUGAGCUUUAACCUUCUGAGGUCACUGGAAGGACUGAGCAUGUUCAGGAGGCUGGAGGAACUCAUCUUGGACAACAGUCUUCUCGGGGAUGACCUCAUGUUGCCAAGGUUACCCAGGCUCCACACCUUAACCCUCAAAAAGAACCAAAUCACUGACUUGGAGUAUCUGCUCAAUCACCUGUUAGAAGUGACACCAGCUCUGGAGUACCUCAGCCUGCUGGGGAAUGUGGCGUGUCCCAAUGAAUUGGUUAGCCUAGAAAAGGACGAGGAAGACUACAAGAGAUACAGAUGCUUUGUUCUGCACAGACUGCCCAAUUUGAAGUUUCUGGAUGUUUGGAAAGUAACCAAACAAGAACGAGAGGAGGCUUUGGUCAGAGGCACAUUCAUGAAAGUGGUGAAGCCCAAGGCCUGCAGUGACAGCUUUGCUGCCUCUCCGAAGAGCCACUACACACCCCUGCCUUCUGCUUCCAGGGAACUCACUAGUCACCGAGGUGUCCUGGGGAAGUGUUGCUAUGUUUACUAUGGGAAAAACUCAGAGGGCAACAGGUUUAUCCGCGGUGACCAGCUCUGA